AUGAGCAUAGCAGUCAACAAUGGAUUUUCGGUUAUCAAAAAGUGUACUCAACGAUUUCUAGCAAGUUAUAAUAUGAGGCCACCGAUCGAGCCGGAACCAGGACUGUGUUGUCAGGAAGGAUGCGAAAGUUGCGUUUGGCUCGUUUAUGCUCAAGAACUUCUCGAUUAUUACCGUCAGAAAUAUCCAACGGACACCUUGAAUAAGGUGAAAGAAGAAAUCGGAGACAAAAUCGAAUCGCCGUCAGUCAGAGAAUACGUGAUGAUGGAGCUUGCAAUGACAGAAAAACGAUAUAGAAAUAUGGCAGCGAUUGGAGUGAAGAAAAAGAAACCCGGAGAAGGAAAAUAG